AUGAUUUUAGCGCUUUUAUUCAUAACAUUUUUAAUAGUAAACUUGAGGUUUGUGGCUGCAAGAGAUUCUGUAGAAGAUACUAAUGAAACCCACAUUAUUCUUAGAAGAAAAAAGCAUCUUUUUGAUCCAAAAGAAAUUUAUAAAGUAUCUGUGGAAUAUAAAUGGUCGCGAGAGCAGUUUCUAACUUUUUUGGUGGUUCAAAAACUUCAAAAUAUUUUAUUUAAUACAAGAUAUAAGAGUAAGAGUGUAGCAGAAGCUGAUCUUUCAACGUUUAAAGAUGGGUUAAACAAGGCUAUUGAAAAAAUGAAGGAAUUUUCAACGAAUGCUUUUAAAAACAAUAUUUGGGAUUCAACAAUUGACCCCGAGCUAGAUGAGAAAAUUAAUGAAAUUCUGGUGAAAGUUAAAAAUUAUGAUCUGAGCGGAAUAAAGGAUAGUUUUAAUUCAAUUAAGGUUAAUAAAAAACCAAACUCGAAUCUUGAGCGGUGUCUGCAUAGGUUAUUUACGCUAUCUGAAAGUGAAUGGGCUAAGGUGGAAUAUGAUGUCUUGCUUGGGUUGGAAACUGAAGACUACAAAUAUCUUUUUUAUAAGUAUGGAUAUGGAAUUAAAUUUCACUAUGAUGAAGUUUAUGAACAUAAAAAUUCAUUAUUUGCAAUUUAUUGUAAGUUGGGUAAAUAUUUAGAAAAAUUAAGUAUAAUUGAUAUUAUUUUUCAUGAUUGGUCUAAAUAUCUUUUGGCUCCUUCAAUAGGUUACACUUGGAAGUUUUUUCAUAGCAAAGACAUAAAAAGAACAGUAAUUAGUUCUUGGGAAAAAUACACCUCUAAAAAACUGGAUUGUUUCUUUACAGAUCUUUUUGACGCGGCGUGGAGAACCCAUUUUACAUUUGAGGAUCAUCAUCCUGAACAUUAUAAAAACAAACAUUCAGAAGAGUACAAAGAUGAUGCAGGUAUUAUAAGAAUUAAGUGUAAGGAUGAUAUGAAUGCUAGGGGCCUAGAAGAAGCAUUAAUUGAUAUGUCUGGUAGAAAUUAUGUUAAUUCGUUGAAAUUUAAUCAAGCUAGUUUGAAAGAAUGUGGGUACCUUUUGUUUGAUCUAAAGUUUUUUGACAGGUUUAAUUCAGAUGAUGCCAUGAAGAUAUUGAAUGAAAUUUGUGGAAUUAUUAAUCAAGAAUUAGGAAAAAUCUGUGAGGAUUAUGUUUCUCGAAGAAAAGAAGACGAUCUUCGAAAUCCAUGUGAAUAA